AUGGCCGAUGAGAACAUCCGUUUCCAUGUCGCUGCGACAGAGGCCAGACGACUCGUGUCGGACAUCCUCAAGGGGAACGGUGUCCCGGCACCCAACGCCGACAUCGUCUCCCAGUGUCUGGUAGCCGCCGACCUUCGCGGCGUCGACACGCACGGCAUGAACCGCGUCCCGUCCUACAUGGAGCGGAUCCGGCAGGGCGUCCUCGACGCGACGGCAAACCCGACAGUGGAGCAGGUGACCCCCGCGGUAGCCCAGGUAGACGGCGCCAACGGCUUCGGCUUCGUGGCAGCGCACCGGGCCAUGACGGCGGCAAUCGAGAGCGCGCGCAUCUUCGGCAUCGGCAUGGCGUCUGUCAAGCACUCGAACCAUUUCGGCAUGAGCGCGUGGGUGGUGCAGCAGGCCCUGGAGGCGGGCAUGAUGUCUCUCGUCUUCACCAAUUCGAGCCCAGCGCUGCCCGCGUGGGGAGGCCGCACAAAGCUCAUGGGCGUGUCGCCCAUUGCGUGCGGCGCGCCCGGCGGCACCCCGGACACCGACUUCAUCCUCGACAUGGCGCCGUCAGUGGCGGCCAGGGGCAAGAUCUACAAGGCCAAGAGGCGCGGGGAGAAGAUACCCGCCGACUGGGCUCUCGACGCGGAUGGGAAGCGCACCAAUGACCCGGAGGCAGCGCUAGGGGGCGUCAUGCUGCCUAUGGGCGGGCCGAAGGGGUCGGCCCUGUCUAUCAUGAUGGACGUCUUCUCCGGCGUGCUCUCGGGCUCGGCCUUUGCGGGACAUGUCACGAAUCCGUAUGACCCGUCGAAACCGGCUGAUGUAGGUCACUUCAUCGUGGCCGUCAAACCGGAUCUGUUCAUGAGCCUUGAUGAUUUCCGGGCAAGGAUGAAGUACCUUUAUGAGAGGGUUGUCGGGUGUGAAAGGAUGGAGGGCGUCGAGAGGAUAUACUUUCCUGGGGAGAUUGAACAGUUGGCGCAGAAAGAGAGGGAACAGACAGGGAUUCCGUUGGUACAGGCCGAGAUUGAUGCGCUGAAUGAGGAGGCGCGCAGGGUGUCUGUGAAGCCGUUGGCGAUUAUGGAAGAUGGAGAUUAUUAA